AUGGUUUCCAUCUUAUCCAAGAAGAGAAAGUUAGUCGCUGACGGUGUUUUCUACGCCGAAUUGAACGAAUUCUUCACCAGAGAAUUGGCCGAACAAGGUUAUGCUGGUGUUGAAGUCAGAAAGACCCCAACCAAGUUGGAAGUUAUCGUUAAGGCUUCUAACACUCAAGGUGUUUUGGGUGAACAAGGUAGAAGAAUCCACGAAUUGACUUCUUUGAUUGUCAAGAGAUUCAGAUUGUCUCCAGAAGGUAUCGUUAUCUACGCUGAACGUGUUGAAGAACGUGGUUUGUCUGCUGCUGUUCAAGCUGAAGGUUUGAAGUCCAAGUUGUUGGCUGGUAUGCCUUUGAGAAGAGCCGCUUACGGUGUCUUGAGACACACCAUGGCUUCUGGUGCUAAGGGUGUUGAAGUUGUCAUCUCUGGUAAGUUGAGAGCUGCUAGAGCCAAGUCCCAAAAGUACUCUGACGGUUUCAUGAUCCACUCUGGUCAACCAACCAAGGAUUUCAUUGACACUGCCAUCAGACACGUUUUGAUGAGACAAGGUGUCUUGGGUAUCAAAGUUAAGAUCAUGAAGGACCCUGCUCAAAACAAGAGAGGUCCAAAGUCUUUGCCUGAUGCUGUCAAGAUUGCUGAAGCUAAGGACGAAGAUGAAAUCAUCCCAGCUCCUACUGUCAGAAUCCACAGAGCUGCUGCUGCUGCUCCAGCUGAAGAAGCUGAAGCUGAAGCUGCUGCUUAA